AUGAGCUUGGACCAGGGUCUGAGUAACUUGACCUUAUACGAUGCCAAAAAGUACUUCAGAAAGGCACAAAAUGUGGUAUUUAACUACACAGACACGGAGGCCAGGGUUCGCGAGGCAACAAAUAACGAACCAUGGGGUGCAUCUUCGACAUUGAUGGAACAAAUAGCGCAAGGCACUUACAACUACCCAGAACGCGAAGAAGUGCUGGGCAUGAUAUUCCGCAGGUUUACAGAAAAAAGGGCCAGUGAGUGGCGACAGAUAUACAAGGCUCUGCAACUACUGGAAUAUCUGGUGUUGCAUGGUGCAGAACGGUUUAUUGACGACGUGCGUGCGAAUCUGUCGCUGGUGAAAAUGCUGGAAACAUUUCAUUACAUCGACACCCAGGGACGCGACCAAGGCAUCAACGUGAGAAACAGAACUCUUGAAUUGGUCAAACUACUAGAAGAUGACUACAAAAUCCGUUCAGGGCGCAAAAAAGCGCGGGAAACGGCGAAAAAGUACAAAGGUGUUGCUGGAGGCACUCCGUCGUCCUUUCUGCCUCCCUCUGCAGUUAACAGAACCGCUGGCUACGGAAAAUCCACCACUCGUGGCAUUUCGGUCAGCGCGGAUUUCGACAGUGAUGAUGAACAAGACAAUCGCGACGAUACUUACUCUGGGGGGUUCAAGGACAGGUCCCCAUUGGCAACAGCAGCGUCCAGUAAGGACGCUUUAACAGGAAAUGACACAAACCACGAUGGCAUUGACGAUGAAGAUAAUGAUGACGAUUUUGCAGACUUUCAGAGUGCGGCACCUGUAACGCAGCCCAUUGAGUCCAAUUCUCAGGCUAUUGUUGAUAUCUUUUCCACUUCUCCGUCUCAAGCUACGACACACGGGUCUGAUGACUUUGCAUCUUUCGCGACCAACACGAACUUCAGAUCAUCGAAUGCGCCAAGUGAGCCAGUUCCUGCUGUAACUCAAAAGAAAGUGGACCCUUUCGGAUCGCUAUUCAACAAUGCCAAAUCAGCGAAGGAAGCACCAAGACCACCUCAAUCAUCGAAAUCUUCACAACAAAACGCGCCGGCUGCGCCUAAAGAAGACGACGAUGAAGCGUUUGGUGAAAUGGAGACAGCAGCGCCAGCAGUUGCUGAGACAGCGACACCUAGUGCUGUCAAGCCUGCCCAGAAUGGGCAGGAAAUAGACCUUUUAAGCUUUUAA